AAUCGCGACCCUCUCCAUUGAUCCCUCCAAUAAGCCGCCACCGCCGCCCGUCGCAAGCCGCCACCGCCUCGCCAUCGCCCAUCGCACCAACCGCCGAUGAGAUCGAGGAGGCCAAGGCGAGGAGGAAGAGAUCCCCACUGGAUCUGCCGCGAGAUCCUCCCUAUCACUAUGAGAUCGCCUCCAUCUUAGCUCGGGAUCCCCUCCUGGACUGGAGCAUGAUGGCGCAACAGAGCGACCUGGAGCCGCUGCCGUCGGCGGCGGACUCGGACUCGCCGUCGACCCCUAGGAGGAGACGGGUGCGCGAGCUGCUGCGGCUGUCCAGCCGGGGGCGGCACCAGCACCACCACCACGCGGCGGAGGACGGUGCGGCGGCGUCACCCAGAGGUGGGUAUCCCGAGUCGGCGAGGGGGCAGGAGGACAGCGAUGAGCUCGGGGACGGGGCGCCGCCCGAGUGGGCGCUGCUGCUCGUCGGGUGCCUGCUUAGACUCGCCACUGGCGUCUGCGUCGCCGAGUUUAAUCACGGGGUGCACGUCAUACAUGAAUGGGCAUGGGCAGGCACUCUCACAGAGGGAGCUUCUUGGCUUUGCCUCCAUAGACUUGCUGAUACAUGGCAUCGGAUAUUAUUAAUUCCAGUGACCGGUGGAGUUGUUGUUCGUAUGAUGCACGGAUUACUGGAGAUAUUUGAGCAGAUAAGGCAGUCAUUAUCAUCUCAAAGCGAAGGCAUUGAUUUCAUGGCUACGAUCUUUCCUACAGUCAAAGCAAUACAAGCUACAAUUACUCUAGGGACAGGAUGUUCACUGGGGCCAGAAGGGCCAAGUGUUGAUAUUGGUAAAUCUUGUGCAAAUGGGUAUGCUGAAAUGAUGGAGGACAAUAGGGAACGGGAAAUUACUCGCAGCUGGAUCAGCUGCUGGGAUUGCUUCAGGUUUUAAUGCUACAGUUGCUAGAUGUUUUUUUGCUAUUAAAACAGUACCGAGGCCACUUCGAGCAGAGAACUCACCACCAUUUACCAAUGCUAUGAUUAUGCUGGCAUCAGUUAUAUCAUCAAUUGUGUCGAAUGUUUUGCUAGGGGAGAAGGCAACUUUUAUUGUCCCGACGUAUGAACUAAAAUCUGCUGCUGGUAUUUUAUCUUAUUCUGAUCAAAUUUUGUAUUACUGACCUGAGUGGAAGCCUUUUUAAUUCUUCUCUCUAUUUCCCUUCAUAUACAUUAGUUAUUUAUUAUAAGAACUCCUAAGGGCUAGAUGUCAUAGAAAUGUUUUGUUAGCUUGUGUAACGGUGACAUAUACCAAGAAACACAUAUGCUUCCAUAACAUAAAAUUAACGGAAAU